AUGGCCGAGCGCCUACCCACCUCCAGCAUCUACGCGGCCGAUGAGGUCCUGGAGGCCUACCAGCGGUGGGAGCAAGAUCCCGGGAUGCGAAGAGACUACGAGGAGGCUGUUCUGAAGUCGCUCUACUGGCACAAUUGGUACACAGGCCACAGCGGGGAGUGCCCGCGCCAGGCGAGCUGCUCCAGAUUCUUCUUGAGCCAUGCCUUCUGGGUGGGCAUCGGGGGCUACGGCUCCACGGAGUCGGAGCUGCAGAGCCGCGCGGAGAACAUGGCUCUGGGCUCCGCCCAGGCGCGGGGGAAUCGGAGCCUUCGGAAGACGCCGGCCGCGCGGCCCCGAGCGCUGCGAAGUCCGGCGGAUCCAGCGGAUGCGCACCGCGCGCUUCCGCGGUCCGUGUGCACCGGCUCCGGGGCGACCUGCGCUGAGAAGGGCUGGGCGCACAUGCUGGCGCAGGAGGCCGCCGCGCAGGGCUUCAGCUACGAGAACCGCGGCGUCGGGGGCACCACCGUGGGCUACUGGAACAUGGCCCUGUCCUCCGUUCCGGAGGAGCUGCUUCAAGCGCUCAAGGCCGCCGACGUGGUGGUCUUGUCCUUGUCCCUGGGCAACGAAGGCCUCGCCAUGGCCCAGCCGCACGAGGCGUUGGCGCUGGAGAAGCGCUACGCCGCGGGGCUGCGGGACUUGACGCGGCGCCUGCGGAAGCUGCGGCCCAGAGCGCGGCUGGUGCUGGGAGGCCCUUACCCCAACAACGGCUACGAGCUGCAUCACCUGCAGGUUCUGGAGCGCAUCCGCGAGCAGAUGAGCAGCUGGGAGGAGGUGGACCAUGUCAUCGAUUUCCUCCAGCCAUGCAUCCACGACGGCAAGGGCCGGUGGCUCCCGGAGACCUGGGAGGACGACGGCCAUCCGAACGAUCAGGGGCACAGACUGAUGUUCGAGUGCCUGGAUGUGAAUGCCGUGCUGGGCAUGAACUGA